AUGGCCCCUGCUGCUCUUCCAUCAAACGCCACUUUCCGUGACAAGGAGAAACCACAAGAGGUUCGAAAGGCAAACAUUGUUGCUGCACGAGCUGUUGCUGAUGCUAUUAGAACAUCGCUUGGCCCUAAGGGCAUGGAUAAGAUGUUUCAAACCGGCAAAGGUGAAGUAAUCAUUACAAAUGAUGGUCAUACUAUUUUAAAGCACAUGGCAGUCAUGCACCCUGCUGCUAAAAUGCUUGUUGAUCUUUCGGGUGCUCAAGAUGCUGAAGCUGGUGACGGUACCACUUCAGUUGUCAUUAUAACUGGUGCUCUUCUUGGUGCUGCGGAGCGAUUAUUAGCCAAAGGAAUCCAUCCCAUGAUCAUUGCUGAAUCUUUCCAGCGUGCUGCUACUAGAGCAGUAGACGUUCUCCGUGAUAUGUCUACUCCGAUUCAGUUGACUGACAGAGAUGCUCUGAUUAAGGCCGCUUCUACCUCACUCAACUCUAAGAUUGUUUCUCAAUUUUCUACAACUCUUGCUCCUAUGUCGGUUGAUGCUGUUCUUAAAGUUAUUGACUCUAAUAGCGCUACUAACGUCAACUUAAAAGAUAUUAAACUAAUCAAGAAAGUUGGUGGAACUAUUGACGAAACUGAACUUGUCGAAGGUCUCGUUCUUACACAAACUGCCGUUAAAUCUGCUGGUGGUCCCUCCAGAAUUGAAAAGGCCAAAAUUGCCAUGAUUCAGUUUCAGCUUUCGCCACCUAAGCCUGAUAUGGAAAAUCAUAUUGUGGUUAACGAUUAUAGACAAAUGGAUAAAAUUCUUAAGGAAGAAAGAAUAUACAUCCUCAACAUGUGCAAGCAAAUCAAAAAAUCUAAAUGCAACGUAUUGUUUAUUCAAAAAUCUAUUCUUCGUGAUGCUGUUAAUGAUCUUGCUCUUCAUUUCUUGGCCAAACUUGGAAUUAUGGUUGUUAGAGACAUUGAACGAGAGGAAGUUGAAUUUAUUUGCAAGAGCACUGGAUGCACCCCUAUUGCUGAUAUUGAUACCUUUACUGAGGAUAAACUUGGAAGUGCUGAUUUAGUUGAAGAAAUUGAAUCUUCUGGGUCACGUAUUGUUAAGGUUACUGGUGCGAAGCCCAGUGCUACUCAGUCGGGUUCAACCUCCUCAGCUUCUACUGGUUCAUCUUCAGCAACUGUCUCCAUUAUCUGCAGGGGCGCAAAUACCCUUGUUUUGGAUGAAACAGAACGUUCAAUUCAUGAUGCUCUAUGUGUUAUUCGAUGCCUUGUCAAGGAGAAAUACCUUAUUGCUGGUGGUGGUGCUCCUGAAAUUGAAGUUUCUCGUGCGCUGAUGGCUGAAUCUCGUUCGCUGUCAGGUACGGAAGCAUUUUGCUGGAAGGAAUUUGCUGAGGCACUGGAAGUUAUCCCCACAACACUUGCCGAGAAUGCUGGUCUGCACAGUCUUGCUGUUGUCACAGAUCUUAGAAACAGACACGAGAAAGGUCAAAAGAAUGCUGGCGUAAGUGUCCGCCGUGGUGCUGCUGCCAUCAACAUUGCCGACGAAAAUGUUUUACAGCCUACACUUGUUAGUCAAAGCGCCAUUACUCUAGCAGCUGAGUGUGUCAAGUCGAUUUUACGCAUUGAUGAUAUUGCUUUUAGCAGAUAA